GCUUUGCCGUAUUUUGAUUACACCUUACUUUACACGUUUAACAUAGCAGACUUCGCAUGUAUAGAUUGUCAUGUGCAGUUCUGCAUAGCGUUAAAAAACCAAGUGAAACAAAUCGUUAACGAUGGCUUCGAAAGAAAACAAUCUUUCCAGCCUCUAUGCCGAGCUCUAUAAGCAAGGGCAAAAUCAAGAAUAUGAGAGGGCGUUGAAAACUGCCAACAGAAUUCUAUCUUUGUCUCAAGAAGAUGAGUCGGCCCUUCACUGUAAAGUCGUUAGUUUUAUACAAUUAUCAAAAUUCAAUGAUGCUUUACAAAUCAUUAAUAAGUAUCCUAAACUUUUACCAAAAUUGGAAUUUGAGAAAGCGUACUGUCUUUAUCGUUUAAAUCAAGUAUCAGAAGCUUACAAAAUAAUUGAAAACAUACAAAAUCCUUCAUUGAAAAUAAAGGAACUGAAAGCUCAGAUACUUUAUCGAUUGGAAAUGUAUGAAGAUUGCUUUGCAAUGUAUCGUGAGAUCAUAAAAAAUUCCAAUGAUGAAUAUGAAGAUGAAAGAGAAACUAAUCUUGCAGCUGUUUGUGUUCACUUGGCAAUGUCAGAUUCUAAUAUUGAUACUCCAGUAUUAAGAGAAGAUACCUAUGAAUUAAUGUACAAUUCUGCGUGUCAAAUCAUUGGAUCAAUUAAUGGUGACAAAACAAACUUGAAUAAAGCUGAGAAAAAGCUUCGUACUGCUGAAAAAAUAUGCAAAGAUUCUUUGGAAGAUGAUGGAGCAACUGAGGAAGAAAUAGAGGAUGAACUUGCUAUUAUUAGAGUACAGCUUGGUUACUGUUUGCAACUUCAAGGAAGAGAAAAAGAAGCUCAAGCCUUAUAUAUUGCUGCUUUGAAAAAACGUCCAGAUGAUAUAUCUCUGGUGGCUGUAGCAAGUAACAAUGUUGUGACCCUCAAUAAAGAUCAAAAUGUAUUUGACAGUAAAAAGAGAAUGAAAAGUGCAACUCAAGAUGGUUUAGAACAUAAAUUAACUUCUAAGCAAAGAAAAAGUAUUGCUUACAAUCAAUGUGUUCUUGCCUAUUAUACCAAUCAGGGAGAGCAAUGCCAAUCAUUGUGUAAAAACCUUAUUAAAGAAUAUCCAGAUAUGCUUAUCAAUGGUGUGACAGUACAAGCUGUUCAGUUAGCAAGAGAGGGCAAGUCUAAAGAAGCGGUGAAAUUAUUAGACCAAUAUGCUAAAGGAGAAAAUUAUUUGCCCAUUAAAUUGGCGUGUGUUCAACUUCUGUUGGGUAAUGAAGAAAAAGAAGAUGCUAUUAAAGUAUUGGAAGGUUUGAAUGAAACAGAAAAAUCAUUACCUGGAAUAGUAAGCACGUUAGUCACAUUACACAUGGCUAAUAAUGAUAGGGCUAAAGCUUCAGCUGUUCUUAAAAAUGCUGUUAACUAUUAUAAGAAAAAUAAGGAAAGCACUGGUAGUUUGGGGAAACUAUGGCGACAAGCGGCAGAUUUCCAUUUAAGAGGAGGAGAAGUUACUGUAGCUGCUGCAAGUUUAGAAGAACUUUUAGCUGCUAAUCCAUCCGACACAAAAACUUUGGCCCAGUUAAUUGCUGCUUAUGCGCAAUUUAAUCCAACAAAAGCACAAGCACUGUCUAAGAGGUUGCCUUCGAUAAGUGACUUAACAGAAUUAGCAGAUGUUGAUGCCUUGGAAAGUAGCAAUUGGAUCAUUGGUAUGAAAGUGGUCAAAAAGAAAGUGGAACCAUCACCAGGAAAACCUGAAGCAUUAGAUAAGAAGAAGAAGAAAAGAAAGCGUAAGACCAAGCUGCCUAAAAACUAUGACCCUAAUGUUGCUCCUGAUCCUGAAAGAUGGUUACCAAGGCAUGAAAGAAGUGGCUUCAGAAAGAAACGAGAUAGAAGAAAUCGCGAUGCUGCUAUGAAGGGCACACAAGGAGCUGCCACAGGAGCUAGUGAUCAAUUUGAUAUAACUAAAAUGUCUACGUCGAAACCAUCACCGAAUCCUCGACAAACUCCAACAGUAGAAACAUCUGGUCCAAGGCAACAACAAAGAAAGGUUCAGCAAAAAAAGAAAAAGAAAGGAGGAAAAUGGUGAUAGAUUUUAUUACACAUACAACCAUUAAUUUUCGGUAUGAAUGCAGUUUUGUUGAUGCAACAAAAAUUGGUAAAAUCUCAAUUUUUUCAUUUAAUGAUGUAAGAAAAUAAAAGUCAUUAUUAUCGUUGAAAAAA